AUGACAAGACCCCUGGUAUUUUUAGCGCUGGUGCUGCUGCUCCCACUGGUGUACCAGCACGCGGUGGGGUACCUGAACGCCUGGCGUGUGCCAUUGAGCACGCUGCGGCACUACGUCGAGCACCCGCUGGACGACGUGGUGAUCAAAAUCCCCAUCUACUACGAGUCGAACGACCUCAAGCUGUUGGACGUGGCGGAGGCGGUGUCGAUCCAGAUUGCCGGCCGGCUUCGCGAGCACGAGGCCGUUGUUCCGGACGUGCAGUUCGAGGUGCGAGAAUGGAACAACGAAACCGACGGGCUGGUGGUCAAGCUCGUGCUUGGCGACGGGAACGGCAUCUACGUGGACCCGAUCGAAGGAUAUGCGGUUCUGUUCUACAAUCUGGAAACCGUGGACGCGAACGACGUGCCAUACUUUGCCACACAGCUGAUUGUGGACCACUGCUACAACGACGAGCUGCGCGACUACGCCAUCGACAGUUUUGUCCAGUUGAUUGACAACAGGACAGGAAAACACACGUUUUUGCACUCGUCGCAGUACGAGCCCAAACGUUCGGACCAUGUCACGUUUGUGCUGGUGAUGAUGAGCCCGGAUCUCCGGUGGGAGGCAGAACAGGCCGCCAACGAAUACAUGCGGCCGUUCCUGGACAAUAUCUCCAACUACACCUUGGAGUUUGUCACGGUCAACGAAUCGUCUGUUCAAGACCACCAUUUUGUGGACGAGCGGUUCCCCGAAGAGCUUUCCAGUUUGCCGAACCUGGCAGACUUCUACGAGUCACAUACAAACACCAGCUCAACAGUAUACCUGGUGUACUAUCCGUUUGAGCUAGCAGAACAGAAAAUUCAAAAGAUGACGGUGGACGGCCACGGCGUGUAUUCGACUCACGAAAACACGUUUCUGAGCAUCAAAACGUGGGGGUCGAUCUACUUCGCACACACUUCGCUGUUCAACACCACUGUCCCUGCACCAGAGUUGCAGGACUGUAUGUGGUGUUUUUCAGAGACAGUUCUCGACACCUUUGAGUUCCCGAACGACAACAUGACCCCACUUCUGCGAAACCAGAUGUUCCAGAGGACAACAGCCAUGAAAAACCUUGUUCUGUUUGCCUACAGUCUUGCCAAAGUGGUUACGCAUAUCGAAAGCCACAGAUUGGAAACGGAUCUGGCUUCUGCGAUUCUGGACGCAUUUGCGCUUCGCCAACAGGUAAAGGCCGCAUUGGAAUCCAAACAGUACUCAUUGGCCCUAGAGCUGAGCCGCAGACUGUUAUCUCUGAUCGAGCACCAGACACAGAAUCUAUAA